AUGCCGAGGACCUCCACCUCCACCACCAGGCGGCCCAUCCUCGGCAGGGCCAUGGCCAUCCUGACCACGCUCCCGCUCACGCCCAUCUCCAAGGCCAGGGCGGCCCGCACCCUGCUCCUCUUCAAGCGCCGCCGCGCCAGACGCCUCCGCCACUACAGCUACGCGUACGUCGGCGAGUACCAGUUCUCGCCCUCGGGCUCCCCGCUCCUGCUCCCGCGCCCGCCGGGCCUCUCCGCCUGGCGCAGCGCUGGAAGCAAACGCAGGAGCGCCGCCAAGGUGUUCCUCUCCUCUCUCCUCUGCGGCGGAUGCGGCGCCGGCGGGGAUGCAGUUGACGUCGCCGUGCUCGACUGCCUGCCGCCGCCCCGGACCGACCCGCCGCGCGCCGCGUACGGCGAGCGCGACGACGAUGAAGUGUACGGGUAUGACGAGGAAGAGGAAGAGUACGGCGAGGACGAGGAGGUGGACAGCCGCGCGGAGCGCUUCAUCGAGAGGUUCUACCAGGAGAUGAGGAUGCAGGAGACGCGGCGCCUCCUCAUCUAG